GCUGGGCUGGGCUCUUCUCUCCUUCCCGGGCUGCGAGACCCACUUCCUCUUCCGCGCUCCCAGGCGUCGGAGCCGGAGGGUCCCGGCGGGGCCCCACAAGUUCCGGCUCCCCGCGAGCCCGGGUCUCCGCGAAUCCGGGUUUCCGCGAGUCUGGGUCCUCGCGAGUCCCGGGGUCCGGCGCUCUGGGGGCGGCGACCGGCUGUUCCAGCGGCGCCUGGCGCGCACCGGCCGGACCCGCGCGGGGAGCAGGAGGGGGACUUCCUGCGGGACGAUGAGGAAGCCCGAUGGGAAGAUCGUGCUUCUGGGGGACACGAACGUGGGCAAGACGUCGCUGCUGCAUAGGUACAUGGAGCGGCGCUUCCCGGACACGGUCAGCACGGUGGGCGGUGCUUUCUACCUAAAGCAGUGGCGCUCCUACAACAUCUCCAUCUGGGACACCGCAGGAUCUCAAAGGGAGGGACUGCACAGCUCUGCCGAGACGGGGCUCCUCCAGGCUGUUUCCACGCUGCCUGUCUCUCCCCAUUCCCACCUUCGGUGCUGUGACCUGAGAUCUUCGCCUUUCUCAGGGCGGGAGCAGUUCCAUGGCCUGGGCUCCCUGUACUGCCGGGGCGCGGCCGCGGUCAUCCUCACCUACGACGUGAGCCACCCGCAGAGCCUGCUGGAGCUGGAGGACAGGUUCCUGGGCCUCACGGACACGGCCAGCACGGACUGCCUCUUCGCCGUCGUGGGCAACAAGACGGACCUCGUCGAGGAGGGGCCGCCGAGGGCCGGGAGGAGGCCCGGCAGCGGCAGGUCACCCGAAGUGCCCAAGCUGGUGCAGCCGGAGGACGCCGUGGCCCUUUACAGAAAGAUCCUCAAGUACAAGAUGCUGGAUGAGAAGGCCGUGCCUGCGGCCGAGCAGAUGUGCUUUGAGACCAGCGCGAAGACCGGCUACAACGUGGACCUGCUGUUCGAGACCUUGUUCGACAUGGUGGUGCCCUUGAUCCUGCGGCAGAGAGCCCAGGGGCCGCCGCAGACCGUGGACAUCAGCAGCCGCAAGACGCCCAGACAGACCAGGUCUGGGUGCUGCGCCUGACUCCGCGGGGCCCCAAGCCCCGGUGUCCGCGGUGGGCUGGGGUCGGCCCAGUGUGCUGCGGUCAGAAGGCACGCGGAGUUGCCGAGCAGGCGGCACACGAAGGUGGACGUCUGGGGACAACAACAGCGGGUGUUCCAUGUCUGCGGGGACGGCUCCUCCAUCUGCAUCGCUGCGUGGGAAGCGGGGGACACGGGAAUUGCCUAUAGAAAACACUCCUCUGAGCCAAGACUCCCAAGGACCGUUGUGCGGUGCUGGUCCGUUCCUACAUCCUGGCCUUGCAGAAGCCUGUGGCCCGGCUUCUGCGGCACCUGGCGUGUAUGAGCACCUGGCCGUGGCACCUGGCGUGGUACUUGGUGUGCGUGGGCACCUGGCCGUGGCACCUGUCCCACUUCCGUGUUUUCGCAGACAUUGUCUUCGUGGCAGUCUCUCCGCUUGGCCUUUCUGUGUGGAUGUGUCACCUUGACUCUUGCCUUGUUAAUUUAUACAAAGUCCAGGAUUCCUGCUUUCAUGCUGGUUGUAGCCGUGCGAGCUAUGAUUAUUAUUAAAAAGGAUUAUGAGAAGA